GCCUUUUCAAGACACGUGAGUCCCAAAUUUCGUUUGUGAGACAUGCUAGGCACAAUUUUUGUUAUUCCUAUCUUAUCUUAACAUUGUUUCUUGGAGUUGAUUGAGAUGGCAGUGCAACCUGAAAUUGAGCAUCCCAGGAAGGCCUAUGGAUGGGCAGCUAGGGAUACAUCUGGUGUUCUCUCCCCUUUUUGGUUCUCUAGAAGGAAAACAGGGGAGAAAGACGUGACAUUUAAAGUGUUGUAUUGUGGAGUAUGCCACUCGGACCUUCACAAGUUGAAAAAUGAAUGGAGUGAUUCCAUCUAUCCCCUUGUCCCUGGCCGUGAGAUUGUUGGAGAAGUGACAGAGGUGGGAAGCAAAGUAGACAAGUUCAAGGUUGGAGACAAAGUAGCUGCGGGAUGCUUGGUUGGGUCCUGCCACUCAUGCCAAAACUGUGUCAACAAUCUUGAGAAUUAUUGCCAACAAGUGAUUCCCACAUAUGGUGCAAAGUAUGUGGAUGGCACCAUCACAUAUGGGGGAUUCUCAGACUUCAUGGUAGCAGAUGAGCACUUUGUUGUCAACAUUCCAAGUGCCCUACCUCUUGAUGCUGCAGCUCCUCUCCUUUGUGCAGGGAUCACAGUGUAUGGUCCUUUGAGAUAUUUUGGGCUUGACAAACCUGGCAUGCAUCUGGGUGUGGUUGGUCUUGGUGGACUAGGCCAUCUGGCUGUCAAAUUUGCAAAAGCCCUUGGCUUGAAGGUCACUGUCAUCAGUACCUCUCCUAAAAAGAAAAAUGAAGCCAUACAACAUCUUGGAGCUGAUUUUUUUGUGGUCAGUAGAGACCAAGAUCAAAUGCAGGCUGCAAUGUGCACCUUGGAUGGUAUAAUUGAUACUGUUUCUGCAGUCCACCCUCUCAUGCCCUUGAUUGAUCUAUUGAAGUCUCAUGGGAAACUAGUAGCUGUUGGGGCACCGGAGAAACCUCUGGAAUUGCUUCUCCCACCUUUAAUUUUGGGGAGAAAAAGUAUAGCGGGUAGUUACAUUGGAGGAAUCAAGGAGACACAAGAAAUGAUUAAUUUCGCUGCUGAACACAAUGUUAGACCGGAAAUUGAAGUAAUUCCUAUGGAUUAUGUGAACACAGCAAUGGAGCGUCUCCAGAAAGCCGACGUUAAAUAUCGAUUUGUGAUUGACAUUGGAUACACAUUGAAGCCACACUAUUAGUUUUGGGCCGAGUCAAAAAACAGAGAAUGACCAUUGACCAAGGGAAGGGAACACUACAAUAAUACAAAGCACUCUUAAGGAUGUUUAAUAUUCCUUGUGUUAUUCUCCUAGAUCUUUUGUAUCCAUUUUUAUUUUGAAUAAAGGGAACAGAAUAAUUGCAUUCACUAAUUUUGGUGUGCCAUAUCCAUGUUAUAUAUAUUAUGGGAAACAUGCAUUUGAGAA